AUGGCACCGGCUCCCAUUGAUUCCCGAAUUGUUGAUGUUGCUCCACCACGAAAGGACACUCUAGCUUUGCCCCCAGCAGCGCGGGAACGCCUCGAAAAGGCGGGUGUGGAUCUCUCUUCUGGCUAUCCGUAUCGUCCAUCUCGUCCUCUCUAUCUUGAUGAUGUCUAUAAUAUCCGCAACUACCAUCGCGAGCAUGUCGACCCAGGUACCCGGGCUGAUCCUGAGAAGAAGGCCUUGCUCACUGCUGCAAAGGAAGUUAUUCACCUGACGAGACACAUUGGAACGGAAAUCAUAGGUCUCCAAUUAAAGGAUCUCACCGACCAGCAAAAGGAUGAGCUGGGAUUACUUAUCGCUGAACGAAGCGUGGUCUUCUUCCGGGAUCAGGAUAUCACACCACAGCAGCAAAAGGAGCUAGGCGAAUGGUUUGGAGAGAUCGAGGUGCAUCCUCAAGUCCCGCAAGUCCCUGGGAUUCCCGGAGUCACGGUAUUAUGGCCUGCCUUACAGGCCACCGAAACCGCAGCACCUGGGUUCCGUCGCCCUGGAGGCGCUUCUCGCUGGCACACGGAUCUGGUCCAUGAGCGCCAGCCGGCUGGAGUAACCCAUUUACACAAUGACACCGUGCCCACUGUUGGCGGGGACACCCUUUGGGCCAGCGGAUACGCGGCAUACGAGAAACUCUCUCCUGCAUUCCGAAAGAUUAUUGAUGGAAGGACCGCAAUCUAUCGGUCCGCGCAUCCCUAUCUAGAUCGCAAGAGCCCCGAGGAAGGACCCAAAUACGUUGAGCGUGAGCAUCCACUUGUCCGCGUCCAUCCUGUCACCGGUUGGAAAGCACUCUGGGUCAACCGGGCCAUGACAGAUCGGAUUGUCGGCCUGGAUAAGGCAGAAAGUGAUCUUAUUCUGGGAUAUCUCUGUGAUGUGUACGAAAAGAACAUCGACAUUCAAGUCCGCUUCAAAUGGAGUCCGAGGACAAGCGCUCUCUGGGAUAACAGGAUCACCAUCCACAAUGCUAGCUGGGAUUACGAAGGUUCGCAGCCACGACACGGUACAAGAGUAACGGCGUUGGCCGAGAAGCCUUUCUUUGAUCCAAAAGCACCGACGCGGCGAGAGGGCCUGGGCUUUCUGGGUAAAGACGAGAUCGAUGAAUUGAAUAAUCAUUGA